AUUCAUGAGCCCACCUUCACCAUAGUAGGAAUCAAACCUCGCUUGUAUAUUGAUGGAUUGCUGUUGUAUUCGGAUCAUAGUGGACCAAAAGUGACAAAAAAAAAAACAACAAAUAAAAAUUCUCCAUAAUUAACACAUUGUUUUUGAUAUAUAUUUUAUGUCAAAACGUUCCAUUAAUGGUCUUUAUAAUUAUUAGUAGUUUUAAUUUUAGGUUUUAAAGAUGUCCAUAAGAUGUCACUGUUGAUAUGUUUUCCUACACACCUCUUCUAUUAUUAUUUUUUCUCUACUCACUACUUUUAUUUCAUUUCCCGUUGCGAGUCUUAUUCUCUGAACCGAAAGUCAUAAAAAAAAUAAAAGCUAUAAUUUUCACGCUACUGCUAAAUCAUCCUCCAGGUAAUUAGCCUAUGAAAUAUUUAUUAUUGAUCUGUGUACUCUUAAUCUUGUUUUUGUCUGUUACACAAUAGGUUUUACAUUAUUUGGUGCUGUGUGAUGACGAAUCUCAUUUCUGAUGUAGCUUGUUUAUCUGAGGAAGUUGUACAGGACUGUUUUAGUUGUAUGAAUGCAAAUUAUUAUUCCCAGUUUGAAGCUCGAGAUCAAUUUCACUAUUCACAAAACAUGCAUCCAGUUUGUUCCCGAUUGAUCCCUCCCCUUUCAGCAGUGUAUACUCAUUGGCACUUCCAGCUGUCAAUCAAAGCAGGGACGCAUGUUUUGGUUUUCAGAAUUGAUGCUAUAGAAAACUCAUAAAAUUGCAGCUGAAACAGGAGAGAGGAUGCGGUCGGUAAGAACACAUAUACUAACAGCCUGUUGGACGCAGAAGUUGAGAGUCAUCAUCAUUCAAUCAAAAUCUCCUCUCUUUCUUGCUUUGGAGGGUUUAAAUAGUCCUCUGAGAGCUGGAAGAGUUUGUUCUUUCAACUGAAGUUCAAGUUCAUGGUGCGAUCCUUCAUCCCACAGGUACAAGAAACGAUAAGGACUAUUAUUGUAUGGGGACUGACAUGCACACUUGGAAGUCAGAGGUCCAGAUGCAGAAAUCUGCAGCGCUUAUUGGGAUGGUCAGUCAUCAGACAGAUUUCACCGAACUCGCUUUCUCCAUGUUCAGCAGUAAAACAGACAUCUGCCCGAAACGCGUCCCUGCUGACGGCUGUGGCUCGAAUCCCGCCUCGAUACAGAUGCGCUGCGGGUCUGAAGAUCUCAAACUCCACGCGCAUCACACCUCCAAAUUUCACUGUUUCACCAUGUCACCUGGAGAGGUGAAUGGAGGAUGUAUCUCAUUCUGUUCAGAGAAGGAGAGCACUCCUGAGUUGACAGCAGAAGAAGGAACCUUGCUGCGCUGUGGACAGAACCUGCCAGUUCAGCCUGGAGCCCAGUACCACCACAGUAGCCAUUGUGAACAGCCCACACAGAACCUUCACCUGCAGGAAAUCCCCCACCGAGACGCCAGGUCUGCUGGCUUUCAGACGGAUCUCAGCUUGUCGUCUCUGUCCGGUGGCAUCAAUGGGUGUCAUGCGUUGCUGUCUUACCCCAUCAAACAGGAGGGCUACAAGCUGGGAUCGGCCCUGGGCGACUUUUCAGGAGGGAUGGGAGUAGGUCGCAGGGAACUGGACCGUCGGAGCAGUGGUGGUGGCGACAGCGGUGGCGGCGGCGAAGGUAACUUAGCAACAGUUCUGUCGUUGUCGGCAAUGGCGGUGACUGUGUAUCCAUUUAAUUAUGAAGAUGGCUCCUCCCCGCUGGCUUUGUCCCCGAGCUCGCGUCACUCAGCAAGGCCGAAUGCGAGCGGACUGAAGAGACGCUGCCUCUCGGUGGCCUCCCAGUCAGCCUCAGAGAGAAUCGAUAUUGCCACAAACAUCUGCUCCUCCCAGAUGUCCUGCGUUAACGGCCUGCGCACCAAUUCGUCAUCACCUGCCUCCGCCACAUUCUCCCACAAGCCUCUCCCCACACCCAGCCCUCAGCUGCCUUCACCUUCCACCUCGUCCUGCCUCCUACCCCUCUCCUCUUCGUCCUCGUCCUCCACAGUGUCGUCGGUGGAGCAUUGUGAGGACGUAGGCUCCAUGCAGUCGGGGCCCGGUGUGGGUAGCUGCGACAGGCUUGGACUCCUCAUACAGCCUGGCAUGGUGCUGGACAGCUGUACGCCGACACUGAAACAGGAACCGGUGGAUGAGUUCUCUCCAAGUGAGGAGGAGCUCUUUCAGCACCACUAUCACCAACUGACCAGCCGCGGAAGCCACUGCGGUGGGCAUUCCCACCAGCACCACCACCACCACCAUCAUCACCAAACAGGCCCCCCACGGCCACCCAUGCCCCCUCCCUACCACCUGCACCAGUACAUGGGCUCCGGCCCAGGAGCUCUACUGAAUCUUAAAAGCCAGCAACAGUCUCCACCCUCAGGCCUGCUGGCACAACCCAAACCCACAGGCCUGGACGAACAGCAGGUGGGUGACGGGGAGGAUGUAUUUAGUGAUAAGCAGGUAUGCCGAUGGAUUGACUGCAGCGCGGCAUACGAGCAGCAGGAGGAGCUUGUUAGGCAUAUUGAGAAGGUCCACAUCGACCAGCGCAAGGGCGAGGACUUCACCUGCUUUUGGGCCGGAUGUGUCCGGCGCUACAAACCCUUCAACGCCCGCUACAAGUUGCUCAUCCACAUGAGGGUUCACUCUGGAGAGAAACCUAACAAAUGCAUGUUUGAAGGGUGUGACAAAGCUUUCUCACGGCUGGAGAAUCUGAAGAUUCACCUGCGGAGUCACACAGGAGAGAAGCCGUACCUGUGCCAGCAUCCAGGCUGUCAGAAAGCAUUCAGCAACUCCAGCGACAGGGCAAAGCACCAGCGCACACACCUGGACACUAAACCAUAUGCAUGUCAGAUCCCAGGCUGCACUAAACGCUACACAGACCCCAGUUCCCUCCGCAAACAUGUGAAGAUCCACUCCGCCAAAGAGCAGCAGGUGCGUAGGAAGCUAAGGGCAUGCCCCCAUUUAGAAUCAGAUGCUCUGAGCGAAUGUCUGUCAAUCCAGCAUCUGCAUGACUCCGCCCCUUCCCAGCAUCCCCACUGCCCUGCCACCUCUCAGCACUCUCUGAAUGGGAAGGAAGGCCGUUCCCCAGCACUUGGGCAGGAGUUAUUCACAGGCCUGUACGCCGGCUCCAGCACAACACACAAUGGAGCCCCACUUGAGUUGCUCUCUUCUGGACCUGACUUGCCCCCCAGGCAGCCCCGCCUGGACCGCGACAUUGGCAGCCCCCACCAUCUCUCCCCGUUGUCUGGCCUCGAGAACACCCGGGAAGGGUUGUCUGGAGCUUUGCUGUCUCCAGGGAUCAAUCUGCUGAAGGCCGCUACAUCUCCUCCACCAACACUAGAGAAGCAACAGAACUCCUCUUCCAGCCAGCAACACCUCCACACUCACCAUAAACCCUACACCACCUUCCACAACCUGCCUUCAAGUGAGGAUUACCGUGGCAACUUUCAGAACUGUUUCCAUUUUGGCGAUGGCUACAGAAUGGACCAGUCCAUCAGUGGAGGCCAUCAACCUGCAGAGUCCCACAGCUUCAACACAAACCCACACAACGGCUUUCACAUGAGCUGUUCCACCAGCACCCCUUCCACAGGUUUCAGCUUGGUGUCGGACAUCAUAGGAUCAGGUUGCCAGUUCUCACCGGGCACAGAGGAGAGUGUUCUCUUUCAGGUGGGAGGCUUCGAUCGCGGCUUGAGCCAAAUGUCAUCAGUGUACACAGAGACAUAGGACCAGCUUACCUUGUCGGCCAUCAACACAAUUGUCUUCUUUCAAACCACUUUCAAAACACUUUUUAAAAUUAUUUUCUUUCAUCUUUGCAGUUUCAACCUGUCAAAGAGUUUAGAGUUUUUCUCAAAAUUCCCCCUUUUUUUUGUUUUCCCUAAAAUACAUGGUUGGAUCACUUCAUUGGACUGAAAUAUCUGCUUCCUUGACUAGCCUAAAAACUGCUAUUCCGUGACAACGAAGGUUAAAUAAUGGGGGGUUUGUGUUGUGGAGUGUUUAUUUGUGGGAUGUUAUGAAAUUGCAUUUUUUUUUUCACAGUAUUUUGAAAGAUAUGUUCAAAGUCUCAUGAGAUACUCCCUUGUCGUCAUCACUGCAUCACUAUUCUUAAUAAAUCCAGCUGGUCAGCUCAGAUCCAAUUGUGACUUUGGAACGGUUUGAUAGAAACUUCAGAACCACCACAACUCAUCAGUGAUGAGUUCCACAUUUCCCUCUCAGAGCUCUUUUUCUGAUUUGUUGGCUGUUGUGUUGGAAACAAUUAUUUAGUGUUGCUGUGUUUUGUCAGUGAAUGUUUGCAAAUGUUUGUAUUGCUUUGUCAUUUGGUUGUCAUCAUCCCAGAUAAACAGAGUUCUUUAUUUUGUAAUGGUUGAUGGCUUUAAUAUCUACCACACUUUCAACGUAUGUAUAAAAUGUACAGUUUGUUUAAUUUUAAUAAUUAUGUCAAUCUCUGAAUCUCUGAAAAUAAAUGAGUCUUGAAUACUGCA